GGAAAAAAAAGAACGACGAAGCGUCAGGUUCGUUAAACCUUAUUUACCGUUCCACGUUUCACGUUUAUUGGAUACAAGCGCAUGCCUCUUCCUUCUCCUCUGAAUUUUUGUCCUCCUGUACCAUUGUUAGAAAACGAAUUGCACAAGCGCAGCCACAAGAGGAGUCACGAAGAAAUCCAUGGGACGACGGUGGGACGAAGAUUUCAAUUAAAUCCAAGCGGUUAGCAUAAUUGGUUGCUCGCUGCUUCUGCCGCUACGGAAAUCAUCGUCCAUUUCUGCCUGGAUGGAACAAUUCACCAAUUUGCAUUUCAAUAAUUCCGCGUUGCGGUCGUCGAAUAGUCACUCGUCUAUCUGAAUCUAGUAACGGUGAAAUUAGUCUUCGCCACGAAUCGUGAAAAUCCGUGUCGCCUCUUCCUUUUUCUCGCUUUUUUCGACGCUCGGUAUAUUAUUUCGUUCACGGUCAAGCGGCCUUCAUUCAACGGGAAGUGGAAGAAAGCGAUCGGUCAAUAUUUCGUUCUAUCCUCUGUUGCUCUGUUGAUAUCGAAUCGAUACAUCAUCGAUCAUGACACACGAUAGGAGCGUCGAAAUUUUCGUAAGUGCAAUCGAGAAUUUCCCUUUGCUGACCUAGACGAUUCUACUCGUGAAACUGAUAAAGAUCGGUGGACAACGAUGGAAAACGUGUACGUGAUAAAAGUGAAAACGAAACCACCGUUGUCCUCCCUCUACCCAUCGGAACGGCGUUAUUCGGCAUCGACCGUGGGAGGUCUGUCCUUGGUGCACUUCGGUCUGGGCGCUCUUUCCCUUCUUCUGGGCAGCCUGGCCUUAUCCCUUCAAGGUCCAAUCCUAUCGGUCGCCUGUUUAGUCCCGUUCGUGACCGGACUGUUCGCAUGGAGGAGAUGGUACAUAGACAGGAACAUCGCCAUCUUUUUUUACGGAAGUCUGUUCUCCUUGAUGGCGGCCAUCCUCUGCUUUGUCGCCACGAUAUUCGAUAUCGCCGCUGCCGCGGAGAGCAGAGAUCCUUUGUGGUCCCUGGAGAAAAUUUUCGACCAACAAGAUCAUUCUCGCUUCGAGCAACGAUUGAGAAACGACGCUCUGUUGAACAACGAGACCGCCUCGUCCGACGGGGACACCGAAACGUUCGAUCAUCUGACAAAAAUUAACUCGCACUCGCCCACGCCUGGAAUUAUACUCGAUAACAUGUCCAACAUAUCCGGAUACAUCUUGAGAAGUUCGACGAUCGAUCCUGAAAUCAAAGAUCCGAGCUCGACAACUCUCGACAACUCUCGAAGAGGGGAGGGGAAUUUGAGGAAAAAUGUCACCGAGGAAUCGUUGGAGAUGAUGAACGACGGAACGAUGUACACGGAUUAUCGCAAAUCCUCGCACACUAAAAUUUUAUUAACCGUGAACGUGCUCGUCGCCUCCCUCCUCGAGGCAUUUUGGUCCGCCCUGAGCGCUAGAAUAGCCCUUCGAGGAAUGAUGAAUCGUUUGCCGGAAAGUAGUUACGCGAAUGGGAGAAGCGGAAACGGAAAAUUGGAUGAAACGGCAAUAGGGAAACGGAAGGCACCGGCUCCAAGGCCGGAUAUUCUGGAUCACGACCGUAGAUUAUCCGAAAGCUUGCAAAAUUUGACGGCGCGGCACAACCUCAGGAAUUCGGGGCCGAGAUUGCCGUUGCCGGAAUCGAGCAAUGAAUUCAGAGAAAGGGUGGAAAGAUUUCUGGCAAAUCAGGCGGCCCAUCACGUGCCCGAAGGAUCUUGUUCUUGAAAAACGUUAAGUUGGAAAGAGACGUUGAAAUUCGAUAUUAUUCUCUUUGUCUAACGUCACAAUUCACCAGCGAUCGUCGAUCUCACAUUAUAUAUAUAUAUAUAUAUAUAUAUAUGCAAAUAUAUCAAUCUUUACGUUUAUAUGUAAUUACAUGUUUAUAUAAGAUUAGAUAGUAAUGUUGAUCACGCGAUGCAUC